AUGUCCGACAGCGACGGCACGUCGCCGACGCGGACGACGGCAAAGGGCAAGAAGGGCGAGCGCGUUGGCGCCGCCCUCCCCAACGAGCACAAGCCGUUCACGCUCUUCCCGCCAUGGCUCAAGCAGGGCCUCAAGGACAAGCGGAAAUGGAAGACGUUUAUCCGCAUCAUGCUCUGCCUGAUCGCCAACCUGAUCAUGAUGGUGGUCCACAAGACCGCGGCAGCGCUCGGCGGCGCGUCCUUCUUCGGCAUCGUCUCGCUCGGCAUCCUCCCGCCCAUGCUCCCAUUCAGCAUCAGCCUAUUCGCCUACCUGUCCAUGUGUCUCGGAAUGUUGCUCGGCUGGAUGUGGGGCGUGUGCGCCAUGGUCUCGGCCAACCACGUCCGCGACAAGGCCCGCCUCCAGGCGCAGAUGCAGGAGGUGCAGGCCAGCUUCGUGGCUACUGAACCGGUCGCACUGCAGAUGCGCAGAGCCAUCUUUGCCGGCAAGUUCCUCGACCCGCGCUCCUCGGCAGUCUAUGGCGCAUUCCUCUUCAUCGGCGCCUACUUCCUGGGCCUGUUGCGCGCCGUUUGGCCCAAGCUGAUUCUGACGUCGGUGUAUGGCACAAUCAUCCUCGACUUGAUGGUCACAUUUGGCCCCCUGUUCCCUACUCCGCAAUACAUGCUGGCGAAAGAGCUCAUGAUCCCGGCCUGCGUCUUCUUCGCGACCUCGCUCAGCAGUCUCAUCCUCUUCUUCCCACAGUCGCUCAACCAUGUCACCCUCGGCGCCCUGGUCACGGCGCAGCUCGGGCCCAUCGAUGCGCUCAUCAGAAUGCAGGACCAAGCUCUGGCCACAGACCCGAAAGACAUCGACGGCUGGCACAAGCUUUCGGUAGACAUGCACACCCACCGUCGCGACUUUGUGCGUGCCAACGGAGGUAUCGAGGGGCAGGCCAAGACUCUGCAGCUUGAAGUUACCCGCGGCCGUAUCAGCGCCGGACAGCUUGCACAGCUCAUCACCAAGACAAAGGACCUGGCUGGUGCGGCGUUUGGCGUCGGCUCCUUCAUUACCGUUAUCGACGACCUUCACAAGACGCAGGCCCGCCUUAGCCAGAAGCCGAUGCCGCACAUCACUUCAAUCGCCAAGGAACAGGUCCACCAGGCAAUUGAUGCUAUCCACUCGGCUUCAGCGAACGGCCGCUCUCUCGACGACUUGAUACCCCAGGUCGCCGACGCUACUGCAGACCUCCGCGCGGCAUGCAAUAAGGGCCUCGCAGACGCCAUGCACUGGCUCGAUGAGAUCAACAACCACCGCUGGAAAAAGCACCCGGUCGACUCGCCCGCGAUCACCGUCCGCCAGGAGAACGUUCGGUGGCUCAAGGAGGCUGUCGACGACUUUAACAAAACCAAGCAUCUCUCCCUUCUGGAGCCAUUCAAGGGGCUGUUCGAUGACAAGACGGGCCGCCUCAAGGUCACCGAGGUUGACAAGGUCGCCGUGUCCCUCCGCAGCCUGUUCAGAUGCUUCAUCUUCACGUCGACGUACCUCAACUACGCCAAGACGCUCAUUGACUACCUCGAGUACCUGCUCAUGAUUGAGCAGACCUCGCCGGAAAACAAGCUCCAGUUCCCUGGCCCCGCAAAGUUCGCCGACGACCUCCUCAAAACCGCCACGGAUAAAAACCAGAACGACACCGACGGCAUGAACAUCAACUCGCCCCUUAACGACGACGGCAGGGACUCGACCACCGACCCGACCGUUAACAGCGACGACGAUGAUGAUGACGUCGACGAGAAGAGGACCAAGAAGCCGAGGAAAACUCGCCAGCCAAGGCAAUGGACCAGGGACCCCGACGCCGGUGACCCUCAAACGAUCUUCCAAAGGUUUGGACGCCACGCUUCCAAGGCAUUCAACUCGCUCUACUCGGCGAACGGCCACUUUGCGUUGAAGUACGGAGUUGCAUCGAUGGCCAUGUUUGCCCCGGCCGUUGCUGGAGGCAGCGCAAAGUUCUACUAUGAACAGCGUGGUCUCUGGGCUCUCAUCAUGUCGCAGACCGGUCUGGGCCUUGUGGCCGGCGAGCAGAUUCUCAAUUUCAUCGACCGUAUGGGUGGAACUGUCGCUGGUGCCAUCAUCGGUAUGGUGGCGUGGUACUGUGGUAACGGCAAGGGAAACGGCUUCCGCUAUGGCUUUGUCAUUUCUACUGCGUUCUUUUCCGCCUUCCCGCUCCUCGGUCGAGUCCUUGCGCCUCAGUCAAGCACUGGAUUCUGGCUCAUGACCGGUGUGACCACAACAUUCACGGCGGGAUACAGUUGGGUCGAUGCCAAAAACACAGCCGGCGACAACCCCGGUACUGGCUACUCACUCGCCGGAAAGCGAGCAUUGACAGUUAUCAUUGGUUUCUGCGUCGCGUUCAUCGUCAUGAUGUUCCCCCGCCCAGUCUCGGGCAAGAAGUUGCUCCGAAUGGGCCUCGCCAAGAACAUCCAGGAACUCGGCUACCUGUUCGGCAGGCAAGUCACGGCCUUUGAGCAAGGUCGAAACGACGACGCAACGAACGUGGCACAGAACAAGGAGACGAGACGGCAAAAGUUUAGAGUCUUGAUCCUCCGCAUCUUCAACCGCGUUCUCACAAUCGCGGAGAAGAUCCCACAGGCCGCCAUCGAGCCCGACUUCCGCGGUCCUUGGCCCAGAGAUCUGUACCGAGAGCUCCUGCAGACCCAGUCGGACAUGCUGGCGUCGUCCUCGGUGCUCUCGACGUCAUACGCGCAGAUCACGCCCGAGUGGUGCCGCGUCCUGACAGAGCGGAGCGAGCUGCUCCACCCGGCAUUCCUCGCCGACUGCAUGUCGCUCUUCUCGGUUCUGCGUCACGCGCUGCUGAGCGGCAGCCCGCUCCCGCCAGUGCUGCCGAUCUUUGAGCGUCUGGCCUACUACCGCUCGGGUGUGCGCGCUCGUUUUGUGGCCGACCAGAGCGUGGUCAACCUGCAGCGAGGUGACAACGACCCCGACGGCGAAAACGAGGACAUUGACCCGUCUGAGGACGACGAGCCGACACUCAAGACUGAGGCGGCCCUCGUCAACACGUUCAACCAUGUCCUGACUUGGGAGUCGUGCCACGACGAACAACUGCCCAUCUUUGCCACGGCCCUCAUCUCGAUUGUACAGCUCAUCAACGGCCUCAACACCAUGCACGAGGUCGUGCUCGAGCUCGUGGGCGAGGCCGAGCUCGAAGGCUUUGACCUGGCACAAGAGCGCUGGGCCCGAGUCGAGGUGGAUGUCUAG